UAAACACACAAACCCGAAUACAAAAUUUAGAGAAGGAAAAUGAGCUUUUAAAACAAGAUAUACGAGCACUAAAAGUUCAACACGAAAAUAUGGGUUAUUCUACAAAAAAUGACAAUUCGAAAAAGUUUGUAUUAUACCGCCUGGACGAAUUGUAUCAUGAAACCGACCAAGACAUUUAUUACCGCAUAGACAACAUGUUUAGUGAUAUUUUAAAUAUGAGUAUAUAUAGCUCAAUUGAGUCGGUGAAGCGAAUAGGAAAGAAAGGAAAUCGACGUCCCCUCAUAGUCGAAGUACUAAGUAAGCGAAUGAAAAACUAUAUCAUCGCGAACUCCUCUUACUUUAGGAAUUCUGGAUACGCCGUGUCAGAUAUUCUAGACAGUGAGACGUUACAGAAACGGAAACACCUACGAGACUGCCUCCACGAUGCACGUCGGGAGGGAAAAUACGCCGUGAUACGGGAUGGCCGGCUGUUCAUAAAUGGGCAAGAAUACGUUCCCGGUCAGCAGCGCCAGUCGCCCCAGGAGCAACCCGAAUCAACCAACUUAAAUACAUCCGCGACUGACUUAAAAACAACGAAUUGCAUCGAGAGUGAAGAUGAUAAAAAUAAUACUUUAGACCAUAGUAUUAAAAAUAAGGCUGAGAACACAAGUAACAAUCUUUUUCGUGUAUAAAAAUAUUUUUGUAAUGCAUCAAAAUGUUAACGGCCUAAUAAAUAAAGCCAAUGUAUUAACUGUCCACUUACAGGACCUUUCAUCUUCUAAUAGACCGAUUGAUGUACUAUGUAUUACUGAACACAACAUGAGCCAAGGUGAUGAAAACCAAUUAGCUUUAAGUAACUAUGCACUUGCGUCACACUUUUCACGCGGAAACAGAAAUGGUGGUUCCUGUAUACUUGUAAGAAACAUACAUAAAUACAAAACUUUGUCAGACAUAUCACAUACCAUAUCAUUAUGUAAUAUCUUCGAAUGUUCGGCUAUUGAACUUACUGAGCAUAAUAUAAUAAUAAUCUGUAUAUAUCGCGUUCCAAAAUAUGAUAUUGCGGCCUUUAAUAUUUUUUUCAAUAAAUUAAAUGACCUACUGUGUAAAUUAAACCAUAGCCGCAAAAAUGUAAUACUCUGCGGAGAUUUUAACAUAGAUAUGAUGAAAAGAACAAAACAAAGUAUUGAAUUUAAUAACCUUAUAUCUAGUUUUAAUCUUAAGUUUGGAAUAUCUACACCGACACGGUUACAGAGCAACACCUGCAUCGAUAAUAUUAUCCAUAAUAUUCGAGGAGGGAAAUCUGACGUAAUCGAUCUUGCGAUUUCUGACCACACUGCCCAGGUUCUUAAGUGUCCUGUAAAACCUACGUGCACACUAUCUCACUGGUUUGUUCUAAAAAGAGACUUUAGUUAUUGUAAUAUUCAAAAAUUUACAAACUGUAUUACAGAACUGAGCUUUAAUGAUGUAUACAAAUCAAAUGACCCCAACGAGGCAUUUAAUUGUUUUAGCAACCAAUUCGAACUAUUUUAUAACUUGUGCUUCCCAUUUAUAAGACUUAAGGUAUCAGCACUAAAUAGGCCAAAAUGGGUGACCAAAGGCAUUAGAAAGUGUUGUAAAAGAAAAAGAGCUAUGUUAUGGAAAUGGAGACUGGCGCCAACCCAUAGUAACAAAAGCGAUCUGAAAAUGUACUCUCAACGACUUAAAAAAAUUAUAUCGUCAACACAAAAAAUACAAAACGAUUUAACGUUCAUGAAACCGUCUACUCCUGAUGAUAUCAGACUAAUAAUCAACUUUUUAAAAAACUCAAAAAGUACCGGUUAUGAUGGCAUAAACACAAUGAUAAUAAAACAAGUUGCGAAUAUAAUUUCAUCACCAGUAAGCCACAUAGUAAAUCUGUGUAUAGAAUAUGGCAGGUUUCCUGAUAAACUCAAGGUAGCUAUCCUGCGACCACUAUAUAAAAAGGGCGAAAAAACAUCAAUUACUAAUUACAGACCAAUAGCCCUUUUAUCGGUUUUUUCAAAAGUUAUCGAGAAAUUUAUACAGAAUAACAUUAACAACUAUUUUGAGACCAAUAAUUUAUUUUCACAGGAACAAAAGGGUUUCCGAAAACAAAAAUCAAUAAAUAUGGCAAUCUAUGACUUACUGAAUAUUAUAAUGACUAACAUAGAUAAUAAGGUACCUGUAACUGCUCUUUAUAUGGAUAUGACCAAAGCUUUCGAUUUCGUUGACCAUAAAAUACUACUGACUAAGCUAUACAGGUAUGGAAUCCGGGGAAAUGUUUUUAGUUUAAUUGAAUCCUACCUAACUGGGAGAAAAUAAUACACUCAACUGGACCAUAUAUGCGUCAAGACCAAAAAUCAAGUAACGGCUUUAUCCGAUAUCAGAGAAAUGAAAGCAGGCGUCCCGCAAGGCAGCGUUUUAGGACCACUCUUAUUUCUCAUUUAUAUAAAUGAUUUCCCAUUAGCUAUCGAGGAACCCAUGAUUCUCUUUGCUGAUGAUAGCACCGUCAUAUUCACAGGAGAAGACUUACAGACUUACGAGACAAAAAUAAACAAUUCCUUGAAAUCGCUUAUUGAAUGGAUUAACAGUAACAACCUUCGUAUUAAUUUAGACAAAACCAAAAUAAUGCACUUUAAGCAAAGAGUAGACAGAGUGACGGACUUAAAUGUAUCAUAUAACG